UAAUAGGAUACCCUUUUGGUAAAAAGUGACGGAUGCAUCCCGGUCAAAUCAUCACCCAAAUCCACUUGUUAUAGAGUCUCAACCGUCUCAACAACAGGGCAAUGAAUACUGACCGCUUCCAAGUUGUCGUGUAGUGGUGAUUGUCUUGAAGGUUCGUUCCGAUUUGUAAGUUUGCGUGAGCGUGAGCGUGAGCGCGAACAAGGGACAGAUCGGGGCAGCACCUUGAGAACCUCAGUAACUGCCACCUAGCUAGAUAUCGGACAGUUGCCUCGUCCCCAAGGUGCUGAUGUGAUCGCGCCGAGUCGGAGCUCAGUUUAGCUUACGGUUCGUUUCGCGAAAACACCAGGCUGUAACAGACUCUGUCGAAGAGGGGCAGAGGGAUGGGUUGACACCUCUAUAAGAAAGCUUGGGCUUUGGCAAGAGAGGGUGGACACUAUGGUGAUGGGCCAAGUUAAAGCAACGCCUAAAUUCCCAACAUCAAUUGAUGCUCUCCACGGGACCUCGUUUUGUGCUUGCUGGUGGAGGAAGCAUCACGCUUAUCAUGCGAGGCUGAUGAAGCUUCUUCAGGACCGCGUCUCCUCCCACUCAGAAAGUCCAAUGCGUCAUUUCUUUGGUGUGCUAACAAUAUGUUGGUGUCCAUUAUUUAGAGUUCUCCUUGCGCUUUGUCACUUUGUUGGCGAUUUUUGCAUCACGUCUUAAAAAGCUCUCUCGUAUCAGCGAUGGAGUUGCGAUUGAUGCCCGAGUCCGCGAUAUGCGUCAUCAGCAGGCACUGUGUUGGAGUCACGCGGCCUGAGCCUGAGCGAUAACUGCGUGAUGGGUAAGUAAAACUGCGGAGUCUCAGUCGAAGCCAAUGUGCAGCCAAACGCCAUCAAUGAUUUCAGAGGGGAUUUUCGGAGUUUUGAGGUGUUCGUGGCUUCAGCCAGGCACUUACAGCUGUUUUUUCUUUUUUUUUCCUUUGCCCCCUACUGCCUACGAGAUUACAGCAGGAGCAAUCAGAUGACGACGCUGACGGUGAUUGCCCGUGGGUCCUGCAGCAUCGGUUCUCCAGGGGUGGAGGAGGGGGGGGAAGCUUUGGAAGGCUCCCCGGCUGCGGCCCCCUUUCAACCUGCCGACGGGGAGUUAGGCGAGCCGUCAUUUCGUUCCGAGCCCACACCCCGGCACCGGCUUUCUCCACAUGUUCGGGUUCGGGAUCGGGGAUUGUACUGUACGGAUAGCUCCUGCCGAGUCGGGAGUUCACUUGUUCACCCGGGUGGUGUGCUCCUUCCGCCAACACCAACAACAGGCCAUUUCAAGUUCAAGGUGGAAGUUACUUCUGCCACUUCAAUUCGCUGGCUAACUUGGAAUAGGUAUCCACCUCAAUGCCGCACGGCAUGGAAGGCGCUUCCCGCUUGAGAGGUGGAAGGGGAUCCUAUCUGACCAAAAGGGAUCUGGAACUUACCGAUGUACCAUUUGGAUUCUCCCCACCAUCCUCAAGCUCAACAUCACCAUCGUCAGCCUUGUCCUACCACUGAAGCUCCGCCAAGACAAUCUCACCAUGGCAGGUUUCGACGGUACCGCAUUCCUCGCCCUUUUCCUCGGAUUUUUCUUCCCUCCUCUCGGCGUGGCGCUCUUAACAGGGUGUGGAACUGAUGUGUGUAUCAACCUCUGUCUCCUCAUUUUUGGCGUGAUCCCCGCCUACUUGCACCUCUGGUACCUCGUAUACGUGUAUCUGGACAACAAGAAGCUUCUGAAGCCAAUCGACGGCGGACGUCCGUUUGUAUUUUGCGAUAAGCUUCAGCGAAUCAGCACUCGAAACCGGAGCACCGCAAGCCUUCCAACCCCCAGGACUUCCACCAAAGAGGUGCAACCCCAUCGGAGCAAUCCGGCCGUGCAGGAGAAGCCAGCCCAAGAGCAGAAGCCUGCUUCCGAACAGACCUCGACACCGUCUGCUAUAUCAACCCCAGUCUCGACAUCUGGUCCUUCGACAAAACCCGCACAGAAAACAACCACCCAAGCCGCAGCUUCAGAGCCAACCCCGGCAAUGUCGCCGCUUCCACUUCUUGACAAGAAUGACGGCGCUUCUCCACAGGCGAAGGCCUAGACAUUCCCAUUGAAGGGAUAAAGGGGUGAUCAGCGACGAGAGACUGCUUGGAAAGAGUCAAAAGAGGGCAUGGUGGAGUAGUGUUGGGCAACCUAAGUAUUCUUUUGGGUAUCUCUGGUUACAACAAGACAUGGCUAAUCAAACACGGUUUUUGCUAUCUGGUUUGAUGACUGAACCGGGCUGAAGUGU